GGAAGAUUGAGGUGAUGAAGAUGCUGCUGCUGAUGAAGAAGAUCGCUGUUGGGUUCAGUGUCGCGGUCUCUCGAAGCGGUUACUGAAGAAGAAUCGCCCGCAGCUGUAAGAUCCGCGUUACCGGCAAGCACGGAAUAAACGCGCAGCCGAGUCACGCGAUCUUCACAUUCACGCUGAAUAAUAACGACCGUUAACCGCGCGAAAACCGUCCUAACCACCGUUAAUACCGUUAAACGCGAGACUCGUGAGGGAUGUGUGCCGCAGAUGCGGAGGCGCGCGCAGGCGUGAAUAACGGUCGAGUAAUGGCGCCCUCUGCAGGUCACAUGACCGCAGCGCUUCAGCGCGCCUAAUCGCGUUCUUUAGCGUCUCAUAAUGGGACAAGAACGCCUGUCCAGCUGAAAUAACCGAUGACAAAAACGUUACACAACUCCUGAAACGAUGGUCAGCUGAUCGGUGUUUCUAUGGACGCCGAUAUUCCACACAUCCGGGACACGCUGCUGAACCCGGAAACAGAAUCCCGGUGUGAUUGACAGCUGCAGACAACAGCGCGCGUCCCAACAAAGCCAAAGAACGAUUCACUCUGUUGUGAUUGCGAUGAGGGUCGUUUAAUCACGGUUCUGAUGAGAGUUCACGGAUGAUCCUGCUGGCUUCGGCGGGACUGUGCGUCGGUGCAGAUGUCUCUGGCCCAGCGGGUUCUGCUCACCUGGAUCUUCUCGCUCCUCUUCCUCGUCCUGCUGGUGCUUAAGCUGGAUGGAAAGGUCCGCUGGAGCUGGUUCCUGGUCUUCCUGCCCGUCUGGGUGUUUGACGGCGCUCUGCUGCUGAUGCUGGGUGUGAGGCUGGCGGGCCGCUGCCGGGGUGGGCUCGACCCGCGGCUGAAGCUCUGGUAUCUGCUGGCUCUGAUGAUGAAGGUGGGCUUCUGUGUGACUCUGUGCGCACGGCUGGAGCAGCUGACCAACCUGCGGCUGCUGAUCAUCUGUGUGCCGCUCUGGACGCUGCUGACCGGAGCCCUGAUCCAGCUGGGAUACAACAUCCUGCCCCAGAGCACAGACUGACAAACACACACACACUAAACACACACACACUCUCUCACACACACACACACAC